CUUCUCUCCAGCAAGGAGGAUAACUCUCCCUCGCUCGAUUCAAUUUCCGACAGCCUAGAUCGAUCCGUUGUGCACAUUAUUUUUCUCUGAAUUCGCGCAGGGAUCCAUAAUAUCGGAAACCCUGCUCGUCUUCCUUGUAAAAAUCAAAUCUUUUGAAUUGAAUCAGGUUAUUUGGCUAUUGGCAUACAUUUAUGACCGAUCUGAUGCCUGAAAUCUCGUGAAGGUUGCGGGGUGCAGUAAAAAUGGCUUCGGUGAGUUUUGAGGAGGGUUUCGAGAACGACAUAGAGGCGCUACUUCGCGAACAGCAGAAACAUCACCAUCAAAGCCGAGCAUCCAUUAAUCGAGAGAGGGAUCUCAAUGUCUAUCGCAGUGGGAGUGCUCCGCCGACUGUUGAAGGGUCGAGGAACGCCAUCGGGAGCUUGUUUGGCCGAUCAGAAGUCGGUGGAUUUGAGGGACAGAACGCUAAGGAUGAGUUGUUGGAGGAGGAGAUGCGAUCGCAACUUGCUUACAUGUCUUACUACUACUCUAAUGAGAAUCUGAAUCCACGGCUACCUCCUCCUUUGCUGUCUAAGGAGGAUUGGCGUGUGGCGCAGAGGUUUGGGCCUGGUGGGUCUGGGUUAGGAGGGAUUGGUGAUCGGAGGGGGAGGAAGCCAUCGUUUGAAAGUGAUGGAAGUAGCCGCUCUCUUUUUUCAAUGCAACCCAGUCUUUUGGCGCAAGAUGAGAAGGAAUCCAUGGAGCAUGGUGGGGAAUGGCUGGAGAGGGGACGAGAUGGUCUGAUAGGGUUGCCGGAGAGUGGGCUUGGAACAAGGAGAAGGAGCUUCGCUGAUGUUUUGCAGAUUGCGGAUAGUAGCAUAAAUGCCACCUCAUUCCAAUGUUUGCUUACUCAAAUUGCUUUUGCGCUUUUUAACAUUUUGCAAAGUGGCUACUUUUUGGGGAAUCCCGAGAAUACCAUCUUAGUGAAGCGGUUCAUCGGCUGGAAGCCGUCGGAGGUUGACGAGGAGGCCAAGCAGGUUUCGUACAGGGUUUUGAGAGAUGAGAACGGGAAUGUGAAACUCGAUUGCCCGGCGAUUGGGAAGCAAUUUGCUGCUGAAGAGAUCUCGGCACAGGUUUUGAGAAAGUUAGUUGAUGAUGCAUCAAAGUUUUUAAAUGACAAGGUCACCAAAGCUGUUGUCACUGUUCCUGCAUACUUCAAUGAUUCCCAAAGAACAGCGACAAAGGAUGCUGGUCGUAUUGCUGGUUUAGAAGUCCUCCGUAUCAUCAACGAGCCAACGGCUGCAUCUUUGGCAUAUGGUUUUCAGAAGAAGAAUAAUGAAACAAUUUUGGUAUUUGACUUGGGAGGUGGCACCUUUGAUGUUUCAGUUCUUGAGGUUGGAGAUGGCGUUUUUGAGGUGCUGUCUACAUCUGGUGAUACUCAUCUUGGUGGGGAUGACUUUGACAAGAGGAUUGUUGACUGGCUUGCUUCGAACUUUAAAAGGGAUGAAGGAAUUGACCUUCUAAAGGAUAAACAAGCACUCCAGAGACUAACUGAGACAGCUGAGAAAGCUAAGAUGGAGUUAUCAACUUUAACUCAGACAAAUAUCAGCUUGCCGUUCAUUACUGCUACUGCUGAUGGCCCCAAACACAUAGAGACAACUAUCACAAGGGCAAAAUUUGAGGAACUAUGCUCGGACCUUCUUGACAGGCUUAGAACUCCUGUAGAUAAUUCCUUAAGGGAUGCAAAACUAUCAGUCUCGGAUUUGGAUGAGAUUAUCCUUGUGGGUGGACUUCCUGCUGUGCAGGAACUAGUGAGAAAGAUAACUGGAAAGGAACCAAAUGUAACAGUUAACCCUGAUGAGGUUGUUGCCCUUGGUGCUGCAGUUCAGGCUGGAGUAUUGUCCGGAGAUGUCAGUGACAUUGUUCUUCUGGACGUGACACCUUUAUCUCUUGGUUUAGAGACAUUGGGUGGCGUGAUGACAAAGAUUAUUCCAAGAAACACCACACUGCCCACCUCUAAAUCAGAGGUCUUCUCGACCGCAGCAGAUGGUCAGACUAGUGUCGAGAUCAAUGUUCUGCAGGGUGAAAGAGAAUUUGUGAGGGACAACAAAUCAUUAGGAAGUUUCCGUCUUGAUGGAAUUCCACCAGCACCUCGUGGGGUACCACAGAUUGAAGUCAAGUUUGAUAUUGACGCCAAUGGCAUUCUCUCUGUUACUGCAGUGGACAAGGGUACUGGAAAGAAGCAGGACAUCACCAUUACAGGGGCUAGCACGCUGCCCAAUGAUGAGGUGGAUAGGAUGGUAAAAGAGGCAGAGAAGUUUGCAAAGGAAGACAAGGAGAAGAGAGAUGCCAUAGACACCAAGAACCAAGCAGACUCUGUAGUGUAUCAAACUGAGAAGCAGUUGAAGGAGCUGGGAGAGAAGGUUCCUGCUGCUGUUAAAGAGAAGGUUGAGGCCAAACUCAAGGGGCUCAAGGAUGCCAUCUCUGGUGGAUCAACUCAGAGCAUCAAGGAUGCAAUGACUGCUUUAAAUCAGGAGGUGAUGCAGCUUGGUCAGUCCCUCUACAACCAGCCUGGUGCACCUGGCACUGGCCCAGCACCUGGUGCUGAUGCUGGUUCUACCGGCGGAGCUAGCAAGGGACCCGAUGGUGGUGAUGUGAUUGAUGCCGAUUUCACUGAUAGUAAGUGAAGGUUUUGAGGGAAGGCUGUGAGAUGAUUGUUUAUUUAAUGGCGAAAAAUUGCAUUAAGUACUGAAAUAAACUUAAUUGCUCUUUUUGCACACAUGUUAGGGGCCAUGUAUUUGUACUGCAGCUUUAUAUGACUUGCUCACCAAUUGUGGAAUUUUGAUAUUAGUGUAGUUAGAAAGCUGGGGUUUUAAGCAUGUGUAGUGUUUUGCAACGGUUCUCCGUAUGAUUUAUGGCAUAUUUAUUGUUUUUCC